AUGACAGCUGCGGCAGCGCCUUUACGCCACACGCAGCCACUGGUCCAGCGUUCGACUCACCAGGCGCAACAUUUAACCAUCUUCUACCCGAACCUCAUAAUCAUCUCGACGCACAACCGCACCGCAUCCAAAAGAAGGACGUCACGUGUUGACGCACAUCCCCUCGGCCCGGAGCACCAGGCCGUGAGAUUCGCAACAGCCAACACGGUCACGUUGCUUGGGCCAAGAUGGGUCUGGACGGCCACGGUGUGA